GUGGUCGGCGUUGCAAUGGGGUAACAUCAGCGGACGAACCGUGCACUGUUAUCUUUUUCAAAACAAACCAGCGUUCUACACUAGCUGCCCUUUGUGAUACCUAGACGGAGGAGGAUGACUUGGAUGAAUGGAAACAAAGCGUUUUGUUGAUAUAUUACUAGCCACAACAAACAGUGUGUGUCACGCUGGAUUAGCUUUCAUUUUCCCGGAACAGCUCUCAAGUAUUUUUAGCGAACGUUAAAUGGCUAAUGUCAGCUAGCUUGUCAUGCAAUGGUAAAGCUAACUUCUGCUAGCUGACGUUAGCCGUAUUGGCAACCUUAGCUAAUGUCAUCAAAUCUAUGUGUUGACAGGUCGCAAGACGCAGCAUUUUAAAUUAACACAACUACCACUUCGGUGUUAACUAAUGUCGAAUUGGGUGAAACCUUAGUUUUAACGUAACGUUACAUCCGUCUCACCGUUAGCGUGUAACGUUAGCUUUCUUGCUAAUAAACGUUAAAUUGCCGUUAACGUGAGGCAAUAAUGGGCCACGUUCUUUGCCGGCCAGUGUGAAAGGUUAGUUUCUGCUUUUCCGGUGAUGUCAUGCCUGACUUGAAGUGCCCCUUGUACCCGGAGACCUGGUUCGCUUCACAGGGUUGAAGUGGUAAAGCACCCUCGGUGUUACAUUUUGGGCUUGUUUACCCGCAAGAUGCCUGGCAUCGUGGUGUUUGGUCGGCGGUGGGGGAUUGCCAGCGACGACUUGGUUUUCCCGGGAUUCUUUGAACUAUUCGUUCGUGUACUCUGGUGGAUUGGUACCAUGAUCCUGUUCACUUAUCACAGGGGCCGUUUCGAUUGUAACGGCAGGGGAUUCCUCCACAGCUAUCUGGUCGGACUGCUGGUCAUCCUGGCGCUCAUCAUCCUGUCGCUAUGUGCCAUCGUCCACAUCAGUAGCAAAGGUACCAUAACAAACCCCGGCCCGCGGCGCUCCAUCCCUGCACUGGUGUAUCUGCGAGCUCUCCUGUACGUCCCCGAGCUGGUGUGGGCGUGUCUGGGAGCCGUUUGGGUGUCCGAUGACAGUAAAGGCUGUGAUCCUGCCACGGUGGGUGCAGUCAUCGCAGCGGUGGUUGCCAGCUGGAUCCUCCUGCUGUUCACCGGGUUGGGCGUGGUGUUUGUGUUCGACCCGCUGGGCAACCCCCGCCGUGCGGCCGCCGCCACGGAGCCGCUGGGGGUACGCGACCUGCAGAGCAACGAGGGCACCCAGUUCCUCUCCACGGCCCGCUCCCUCGCCGUCAAGGUGUGGGAGAGCAGGCUGCGGCUGCUGUGCUGCUGUCUGCCGCAGGACGAAAGCCACCGAGCGGCGUUUUCCAGCAUCGCACAGCUCGUCGGCGGGUUCUUCUCCGACACGGACCUGGUGGCCAGUGACAUAGCGGCCGGUUUGGCCCUGCUGCACCAGGAGCAGGAUAAGAUGGAGCUAAGCAGAGACCCGGACGCAGUGGUCAACCACAGCCCUUCCUCUCCCAUCGGAGAGGACUUGGAGGCGGAGUUGGAGAAGGCGGCUCACUGCAUGCGGUUUGCCGCGGCGGCCUACGGCUGGCCGCUGUACGUUUACUCCAAUCCCCUGUCCGGGCCCUGCAAACUCAGCGGAGACUGCUGUAGAAGUCGUGCUGCCGAGUACGACAUCGUUGGAGGCGAGCACCUCGGCUGUCACUUUUCCUCCAUCCUGCACAGCACCGGUUUGCAGUACAGAGACUUCAUCCACGUCAGCUUCCACAACCAGAUCUAUGAGAUCCCGUUCUUUGUGGCUCUGGAUCACAAGAGGGAAGCUGUUCUGGUGGCCGUCAGAGGAACGCUGUCACUGAGGGACGUCUUGACGGACCUGUCUGCAGAAUGUGAGAACCUGCCCAUAGAAGGAGUGUCUGGAGCUUGCUACGCUCACAAGGGCAUGUGUCAGGCGGCGAGUUACAUCUACAAGAAGCUGGUCAACGAUGGCAUCCUGAACCAGGCUUUCUCCAUUGCGCCGGAGUACAAGCUGGUCAUCACGGGCCACAGUCUAGGUGCUGGGACGGCGUCCCUGCUGGCUAUCCUCCUGCGUAAUUCCUUUCCCAGCCUGCAAUGCUAUUCAUUCUCUCCACCAGGGGGACUCUUGAGUAAAGCAUUAGCUGAUUACUCCAAAGACUUUGUGGUCUCAGUGGUGCUUGGAAAGGAUCUGGUUCCCAGAUUGAGCAUUCCCAAUAUGGAGGACCUGAAGAGAAAGCUUCUUAAAAUCGUUUCAAACUGCAAUAGGCCCAAGUACCGCAUUCUGCUGCAGGGGUGUUGGUACGAGCUCUUCGGGGGAGACCCUGACGACUUCCCCACCGAGAUGGACAACAGGAGGGAGGAGGAGCUGACCCAGCCGCUGCUGGGGGAGGAGUCACUCAUGAUUCGCCACUCGUCAUCCUAUCAGAGCUUGGCGUCGGACGACUCACCCGCCCGCACGGCCGCCCACUUACCCCUCUUCCUGCCCGGACGCAUUCUGCACAUCACAGAGGACGGACCGUCGCGGAGAUCCUGCUUUUCCCAGGUGCGCUUCCGGGCUGACUGGUCCAAUGAAAUGGCGUUCAGGAGUAUUUUGAUCAGCCCCAGGAUGCUCGCCGAUCACAUGCCCGACGCUGUGCUGCAAGCACUCAAGAGUCUGACCAGCGAAAGGCCCUUCUCCCUGUGCCCGUCGUCUUUAAACGGCAACCAGCACAACGGCGUCUGAGAGGCGUGGCCGAGGCCGACUCCACGGCCCUGUGCUCCCAGACUCCACCGUCUUUUUUCAAGCCUGCUACAGUUUCAUCAACUCCACACCUGAUCCAAGACCCCCAUGGAUACUUGAUGCUCUUCAUUCUGACCCUGCUUGCAGAACCGAUCCCUAAGGCCCCUCAUCUCAUGCACAUUUGGAUAGAAGAUUGUUUUGGCUGUGCCACACAGGACCGAACAUGAUCAGUUAAGGCGCAGGAACUAUUUCUUAAAAAAUUGCACUUUUAAUUUUGGAAUUUAAACCAUUUGUUUUACUUCCAACACCCCGAGUUACUCCAUGAAUAACUUAAAGCCAUGAUCUUUGAAUGUGUGUUGUGCAUAAUGUUUUGCUGUAAUGUCAGUGUUCUACAUUGUAUGUUCCACGUCGGUGGGAGAUGACCAAGGGGCAGUCGGAUUCUGGAUGUAUGGACGCUGGGGGUAUCGUUUACGUCGAAAUGUGGACUGAAGCAUUGCGUCUUUAUAGUAUUGUGACUGUGAUGAGUCUGUCUUGUCUUUGUUGUGUUGAAACAUCAGGGUGAACAGUGCCUAUGCAUUCUAGAAAAAUAAGUCGACCGAUGCUUUAAAGUAAAGGGCAGAGCCGAGUGCAGUGUGUUUACAAUUAUUUCUGCAUAUCCCAUGAUGCAGUAUGAAUAGUGCAUGUUGUUGAAAAGGGUAAGAAAGAUUGGAAUCUGUUUACUUGCCAUGAAUAUCACCGCAUCUUCAGGUAAGGACUGAUAUUUAAGUUUGAGUCAAAGUAUGCCUGCAUAAUUAUUACACAUUCAAUAGAUUGUAUUGGACGUGUUGAUGCAAAUAAAAGGUCUUGUUUAGCA